AUCUGUGUGUUUCAGUACUGUUCAAUUUUCUGUAUACUUUUAAACUGAUCUUUAAAAGAAAGACCCUGAAAAUUGCUGUAACACAGGAUUUGUAAUGUGAAAGCAUUAAAUUUCAGAUUCAGAAUUCAAAAGACUUCAGAGAAUCAUGCUGUUACAUGGCAAUUGUGAAACCAUCUAGAACAAACUAUCACAUACUGCAAAUGUGUCAAACACACUGGCACAGCAGCCAAAUAAGACAAAAGUACCAGAAUUUAAUUAUACUCAAGAAAGUAGAAAAAUUUAUUCAAGUACUGUAACAAAAGCACCACCUCUAAAUUUAUUUGAAUCAGUUCUGACUUUCCUCCAGUGUUUGCAUAUUACGGGUAAUUCAGUCGUAAUUCAGUUUCUUAACAAACAAUAAACUUCUGUUAAUAAAUGUUGAAAGAUGUGUGAGAGAUGACAUAUAAACCUAUGGAAUUUUGAACUUUGCUACAAAAGCAUAAGGUAAGGAGACAACACUUUCUUUUACUUUUUUUCUUAUUAAUAAUUAUUAUGCAUAGUACUAUUCAAGUGAAAGUAAAGUACUAAAGAACUCACUGAAUAAAUGCGUUGCUAACAAAUCACAUCUUAGUUUAAAAUUUCUAAAUUCAUUUUUAGAUAGAUUAUGGAUUGUCAAGACAUACUUAGAGACUACAAUUGCCAAGGCGCAGAGAGCUCAUUUCCAGAGUCACAAAUUAAUGGAGCAAUCCACAAUCACUUCAUUGAAUCUGUUCAGCCUUUGAUUGAGUUGAUUGACUCUCUAAGGUUGAUCGGCAUUGAUAAAGAUAUAGAUCUACCAUCAAUUGCAGUGGUGGGAGAUCAGAGUUCUGGAAAGAGUUCUGUUUUGGAGGCACUUUCUGGAGUGGCUCUGCCUCGAGGAAGUGGCACCACCACUCGCUGUCCUCUUGAGUUGAAAUUACGGAAGUUUAAAAAUGGAAAAUGGACAGGGACCAUUUCCUAUAGUGGUCACAGAGAGCGUUUUGAUGACCCAUUAAAGGUGGAUAACCUCGUCAGAGAAGCUCAAAACAAGCUUGCCGGAAAUGCAGUUGGACUCUCUGAUGAACUCAUCACUUUGGAAAUUUUAUCUCCUGAUGUGUGUGAUCUCACUCUGAUCGAUUUACCUGGUAUAUCCCCUGUACCUGUGCAUGAUCAACCUGAGGAUAUUGGAGAUCAGGUCAAAAGCUUGAUACUAAAAUAUAUUGCCAAAAGCGAAACCAUCAUUUUAGUUGUUGUGCCCUGCAAUGUAGAUGUAGCAACAACAGAAGCACUAAGAAUGGCACAUGAUGUAGACCCCGAGGGAUACAGAACUCUUGCAAUUCUCACAAAGCCAGACCUCACUGACAGAGGAGCUGAGAUUGAUGUUUUAAACAUUGUUCAGGGCAAAGUCAUUCCUCCCAGCAAGGGUUAUAUUAUUGUGAAGUGUCGUGGUCAGAGUGACAUCAAUAACAAAAUCCCUCUUUCUAAAGCCAUGGAGAUGGAAAUGCAAUUCUUUAGAAACCACAGUUAUUUCAGCUCCCUACUGAAUGAUGGAAAAGCAUCUAUCCAAUGCCUGGCAGAUAACCUGACCAAAGAAUUGGUUCAUCAUAUCAAGAAAUCAUUACCCUACUUGACUGAGCAGAUACAUACUAAACUACUCACUGUGGAAAGGGAGCUUAAAAACUACGACCAGUGUCCACCUCUGGAAGAAGAGAAAAUGGGACCUUUUCUCAGUGAGAUAAUAAUGGAGUUCAGUGAUCAAAUAAAUGAACUGAGUAUAACAGGACAUUCAAAAGACAAAAACAUUUAUGCACUUCUACGUCCUGAAUUUAAGAAAUGGGACAUGUACCUAAGAGGCACUGAAGUAUCAUUCACAGCGAAAGUAUAUCAAAUGAUAGACAAGUACAAUGAAAUGCAUCGGGGCAGAGAAUUGCUAACAUUCAGUGACUUCUGUGAAUUUGAAAGUGUCAUCAAAGAUUAUGUGGCAGCCCUUCGAGAUCCAGCUAUAGCAACACUGAAGCAUGUACGAGAGAUUGUUCAGAAUAUGUUCAGAGACAUAUGUUAUUCAUCAUUUGACCGUUACCCUCCACUGAGAUACAUUGUCUCUAAAAUAAUUAAUGACAUUCAGUCAAAACAAGAGGCCAAAGUGGAGAAAAGAAUCAAGGAGUUUAUUGAUAUGGAGCAACUGGUCUUCACUCAAGAUAAGAUAUUACAACAGAAACUCGAUGCCUCUAAUGUCCCUCAGAAGACUGGAAUUGACUAUUGUCAUGAGAACCUCUAUGAUGAUGAUGACACAAUUUUAAAUUCCAAAGGCUGUGCAUUGUUGGAUACAAGAUAUCUUGUACCAGACAGACUGGUUCUCUAUCAUGAGAUCAUCUAUCAACGGCUCACAGACUAUGCCCCCAUGCUAAUAAUCCUCUUCAUGCUGAAGGAUGCAGCUAAGAUAUUACAGCAUCAAAUGCUAGAAUAAAAUGGGGCAGAUGUGGCCAAACUGCUAAAAGAAGACUCAGAGCGAGGGCGAAGGAGAGCUGAUCUAAAGCAGCAUUUGAAGCGCCUCAUACAAGCUCAAGAACUGAUAAGUAAAAGAUUCUGAGACUGAGACAUCUCUUAUAAACAUCAGGGAUGUGAAUAAAUUUAGCAUCAGGGCUAUCUUGUUUUUAUCUUGUUUCAGUAAUUCUAUCUGUUAAAUCGGUAGCAAACUAUUUAAGAUGUUUCAAAUCAUCCUUAGAGUUAAUGAAAUUGUACAGUAUACUGUAAUGUAGAAUAAAGUCAUCACAUUGCAUUUACACUGUCAAACCAAAUCUUAAUAAAAUCCAAAAUUACUGUAAUAUAUAUCCAAUAUUUUAUAAAUUAAGUUAAUCCUUGUAGAAUGAAGAACGAAGGUGUCUCUACUGUCUAGACACAUUUUAAAAUGUUUUAAAAUAUGAAAAUGGCAAAAAGCAACAAAAUGGUCAAAUACAUCCAUGUUCAGUUAAGUAAAUAACGGGUUGACACUAAAGAAAAAAAGUACGUUCAGUGUGAAUGGCUUAUUGACAUGACAGAGCAGUAGCUUAAUUUUCUAAGUUAAUUCUCAUUAAGUAGCCUUUUUAUAUUAUUUUAGGUCUU